UGUUUUUGUUGCUUUUACCUGUGAGGAGUGCAAGCAGCCCUUAUUUCCUUUUGUCCAGUAUUCAAUAUCUUUCCUUUCAGACAACAACAUCAGAUGAUACAAAGAACUGAAAGCGAAACUCAUCAUACUCAUGCGAAACCGAAGACAGGCAACACAAAAAUAAUGUCCAACUUAACAAAUUGAUAGUAAUGAAAAUGAAACCAACGCUAGCUACAAAAAAGCCAGUAACCUUAAUCACUGGAACAGCAGCAACAUCGUCAGCUGGUGUUCGAGUUCAACAACGAAACUCUAACAGAGAUGAACGAAUUAAAAGGGAUCAGGAGGAACAGCUAAAGAGGGUAGUGGGCGGAAAGCGACGGACAAUAAUGACGUAUCACCCUAGACAGCAAACAAAAUCAAAAUCAAAGUCAGAGACAUGUAUUAAACAGACGAGAUCUGACAAACACAGCGUCAAUAAUCAGGAACACGAAGCUAAUGAGAUCGCAUUGAGUUCACAGUUGAAGUAUUUGGCUUGCUUGUCAGAAGAUGAAUUUGAGAAGGGUUUUAGGCAAUGGAUGGAUCAGGAGGGCAUAGCCCGUGAGAUGCAUGCUCAACUUCGCACAGAUCUUAUUAAUUCCUUCAAUAAGUCAUCUUUAGGCCGACUCUUGAGCAAAACUGCUGCUGCUAUGAAAAUGAAUGGUUCCCCCCACCGUUUGCUGCUGUCUCCUCUGGCAAUGGCGUUGCACACAUUGGUGGCUGAAUUUUUACAUGUUCAAAAUUGUCACUAUACUUUAUCAGUAUAUUGUAGUGAGAUGCCUUAUCGUCAUACUUUGCCCGAUUUCGAGGGUCAUUCAGAUUUUCGUUUUACUUGCGAGGAGCUAAAAGAUAUUCUUAUUGCUGUGUUGGGUGAAGAGAACCACGUGGAGUUAAAAAAAACGGUGGAAUAUCUAUAUCUGGAUACCCAACAUCAAAAGAACAGUCUUUUGCUUUCAUUGGUGAAAUCCUUGGUAGAUUCCCAUAGUGCUAGAAAUUAUAAUAUAGAGCGAAAUCAUGCAAGCACAAUGACCAGCCAGGAAAGUGUUCAACUUUGUAUCCUUAAUCAGAACACGAGCGCAAUGGUUGGAAAUUCGAAAUCUAAUUUGAAUAUUGACACUUGUCAGUCGUAUCGAGCCGAUAAAAAAGAUAUCCCUACAGGCAACAGUGGACGUGACGUGUUUGUUGGACCGCGUCUAUCGGAAUCCCUGCAUAACGUGGAAAAGCUAUUAAGUCAAUUGAUUAAGCAAAUGCUCCGUCUAUCCCAAUCAUGCGCCCCUCCUGUCGAAAUAGUUUCUCAGACGGCUUUUCAGAGUUUACUUCGACAGGAACUAGAUGAGCGCGAACGUCUGCAAAAGUUGGGCAAAACUUUAAAUCCCGAAGAUCUAGUAACUCAACUACCUUUUAAUAAACAGGCUACUACAUGCCCUGCCAGUAGUAGAGGCGAACAAGAACAAGACCCGGCCAUUGCUGAGGUAGUUGAAACAUCAGCUGGUGUUAUUAAAUUACCAGCUCAGGUGGCGUCUGUGCCAAAGAUGCCGCAGCUCCAUCCAGAACAAAUUUCCAGCUUGGCACGAGUGCACCAGGGUAUGGAUCGCCUACAAAAAAUAUGCAGACAGCCGCAAGCUUGCAUGUAUGUGUCCAUUGAACGUAUGGAGACACUGAUGAGUGAACUCUGCGCUUCCGUGCAGUUGCUCAGCAAUGCACUUAAUCUGACUAUAGAGCAGGAGCAUGGUGUGGGCCUACAUAAAGGUUUCCAAGCAGGGUAUCGCGAGGGAUUUUCUCAUGGUCAUUUUAUGGGCGUCCAAGAGGGGAGACAGAAAUCAGUUCAAAAAUCGGAAACAUUAAAAAAAGAAACCAGCUGUCAGACGGAUAAUGUAAAAGUAAGCUCCCAAAUUAACCUAGUGAUGGCCUCUACGCAAACGCCCCAUGUCCAGAAAGCAACAAAGGAAGCGAAUAUUGGCAUCGGGACACAAACUACACAUUCGAAUACGGAUAACAAGGCCAUUGGCAAAGAUAUCGGGAGUUUUCGGAAAAUGCGUGAAUCUGCCGUGCAGGCAAGUCCUCCAGAAAAAACUUAUGAGCAGUGGAUACAAGAAAUGUUGAACAGUGUUAGCGGGCAAAUAUUCCUAGAGCGCGUUGAACUCUCUCUAAAUAAGGCACUAGAGUUGCAAAAGAAACGCCUGGAUGAACUUUUCAACGUGAAGUUGCGUCAUCAUUCCGAAAUGUUACGUCUAAGUCGUCGUCAAAACUCAUGGCGGACCUUGUGCCGACGCGUAGAGCGCGACACUCAGUCUUCGACGGAAGCAAAGAAUUUGGUUCAUAAAAUUUAUCGGCUGUUGCACCACUAUGAGUCGCAUCAUCGGAUUUUGGCGGAGAAGAUACAUGAAUCGGAACUGGCAGCCGAACAAGCAGCACGGAUUAUACCCAUCUGGAAUGAGGCCGAAACAGGUGUUGCUAGUGGUUGUGCUGGCAAUACGCAUUCCUUACCUGGAGUUGGUGGAAUGUCUAUUCCUACAGAAACAAAGUUACCAGAGGCAAAUCCCUUACUGCCUUUAACUAACCAGCCCAGGUUCUCCGGUUAUGCAGCUACAAAUAUUGCCAUGGGGUUGAGAUAUCCUUAUCAGCUUUUGGCGGUAACUACACCAGAACUAAUGACUUCCAAGGCGCCAGUUAUACAUGUUUCGUCUACUGGAGUCGAACCACCGAUAACCUUAACAAAGUGUAAUCCUGUUGUACCAUCUACAAACAGUAAAGCCAAGGUGGAUUCCGCAACCAACGUAAAGGCUUCCUUCCCGGCAGAUCUAUUAGACACGCCAGUCCUUCCUUUAGCACCCAGUUUCGACGAAGCUCUACUUAGUGCCAAAAACCGUAUGCUUUCGCUUGAACGCGAAAGUGAUCUGCUUGAACAGAGUUUUGUCAAUCAUUUCGAAAGGACAUGCUCAAAUAAGCCCAUGUCCUCAUCUAGUCAUAGUUCAGGGCAUCACAUACGUGUCAGUUGUCGGCGUGAACGUCAACAAAUCCAUCGGACCCUAGAUAGUUUUCGAGAUUGGCAUCGAAGGUUGCAUCUUGAAGAUCAGAUUGAGGACCUAAAAGAUAACCAACCCGUUGCACCAGCAGCAGAACCAUCACUUAGUAUAACUUCUCCCACAUGCCUGGCCGAAAAAGAGCCGGAUAGCUAUCAGUUUACCAAUGCAAUUGCAGUGGCACGGAGGAAGCUAUUUAGUGAUAUGACCUCUCCAUAUUUGGCACAGCCACAAUCAUUAUCUGGAGGUAGUACCCGUUUGCUUCGAAAUUGGCGCCAUAGCAAUAAAUUAAGCAUCAGAAGUGAACUAACGCCAACAGAAAUCGAUGCUUUUUCCGGCAGACUUUUGGUGCCACCUGAGGUUGCCAUAACGGCUAGCAACAGGAAUGGCGAGAUCAACCAUGUCAUCAAUCGGACUCAAAUUGCCUUAGAUUAUAGUUGGGACAGUAGUAGUAGCAGCACUGCUGCUUCCAGCAAUAGCAGCUUGAUAAACAUACCACAGGGAAGUAACCCAAGUCGCAGACUUCAACGCUCCAUGGCUAAAAUGCAUCAACUUUUUGAAGGAUCUAUAAAGCCCGCAAAACGACCAGUCAGUGCUCCGCCAAGUGGCACAUUUAAUGUGGUAGAAUCCGAUACAACUCGACCACAAACAGCACCCACAAUGACGCCAGUAUCUUCUUCCUCUAGUCCAGAGAUCUUAUAUAGCCAAGAAUUUUGGAAACGCAUCCAUUUGUGAUGUAUGGUUACACUUUUACUUUCUUCACAAGUUUAUUAAAUAUUACGUUGGCAUAAACAAAUCUUAUUAUAUUUACAUCUCGGAAAUCUCCGUUGUACAUCUCGGAACAUCCUGAAACUGGAUUGCACAACUGGGUCUGAUCCAAUUGGUGAAAUCGUGAAAAAUCCACAAAAUGUAUGAAACAGGCAAAAAGCAGCGUCGACAGUCGGGUCGAUCUGGUCAUUUCCGUCCGUCCAUAUGAACACAUAUGUAGAUCUUAGAGACUAUUGAGCAGACUCCAUCAAACCUCAAAAACUCCGAUCAUUCCGCUCAACAGCUCUGUUACAACAUGUCUGUAUGUAUGUACAUAUACUCCGCUUACAAAAACAAAAAAAUGAUUUGGGGUACCGCAACCAAUUGGUGUUACUAGAUUUUGGAUCGAGUCGCAACUUCGAGUAUACGAUUCACCUCGAAAUAAUGAAUCCGAACUAUUUUCGGGUUUCUUGCACAAGAUUUGAUUGUAAGUUUACCAGACACGACUAUACCGCUCAGGUGAAGGAAAACAUGCGGUCAUACAGAAUCACGUACAAGGAAGUCUUUUGUGAGCGUUCGACCGAUCUCUCUGUGCAAAGGACCGCAUCGAACAAAAUCAAUUUAAGACUUAAUAAAGUUCUCUGAUGCACACAAAAACUACUCCACCGAUGUGAAAAUUGGUGUAUAUGUAGUAUGUAGUAUACAUAUGUAUGUAUGUAUGUUUUCCACGGAAGUUCGUAUAAAAUGCUCAUUGAUGCCACUCGCCACCAGGUGGCGCUGCAGAUUAGAAACUGCUGCCGGUUCAAAGUCAUAGAUAACAUAGAUAACUGCAAGAUUUGAGAGAAAACAUACGGAUCUUCGUUGGCACGCUCAUUUUGUCGACAGUUCUAUAACGUCAUUUACAAGAAUUGAUUUUGAAAUCGGGAGUUUCGGCUUCCUUGCAAACUUCUAAAAGAUCACAGAAAAAAACGGCGAAUUGAUGCAAAAAGUUUUCCCAAACAUUAUAAAACUACAAAAAUUAGCAACCAAAAUCAUCAAUGUCAAUAACAAUAACAAUAACUUAAGCAUUCAGCAGUGAAACGACGUCAUACAAGGCCAUCGAUACUGUGGUAAAUCAGGACGAGGUUGUCAACUACCAACUGAAUUCUUGAAUUCGUUGAUUUGCCAGGCAAGCCACUGCACGUCCCGACAGAAAGGCCAUUCGAAUUUAACCGAUUAACCGACAGCUCUAUGUGGCUUGCUCACGUGUCGGAAACCCUUCUGAUUUAUUCGUCUACGCACCAGAUCGAAAACAAGAAACAUUGUGUAUCCCCACAGCACUCCAAUAAACAUUGAAUUGAAACUAAA